CCUGAGGGGCUUCUGCCUGCUUAUCCCCUCCCAGUCUCCAAGGGAGGCGAGCGUCUCUGUGGUCUGACGCAUCCAUUCCUGGAAAGAUGUGGAAGGCUGGCCUCAUUUAUCUUAGCUGGAUGCCCUAAAGUAAAUGUUAUUUUAAAGAAAUACUCUCAACUGAUAGAAUUACUCAGGCUCCCAGAAAUCCACUCUUCCCCUGCUCUUCAGUGGUCACGGGGCUUGGGGAUCAUGUGUCCCAGAGCGGAAAGUUGGGGUCCUCUCUCACUCUGCUGUCUGGGCCAGGUUCCUCCUCUCUCGGGUGCUUCUUGUCAGCAGAGGGGCUUGAUGCUAUAGACUUGCCUCUGCUGGGUACUUGUUCCCAGGUGGCUCCUGGCUUCAGGGCCCGGUGUCUGCACAGGACCUUGCCUGGCUCACAGCACCACAGGCAGGCCCAGCCCUGGCAGGCGCCUGGCUCUCCUCACAGGCUUAAACCACGUGGGGUGCGGGUUCGAGGAAGGUUUGCCCACGCCAUGCCCUGCUCCACCAGACUGCACCGUCCUGUCUCCAGACACGAUAGGCCUGGCCAGAGCCCUGCCCUCAGAGCUUCCUUCCUCACUGAACCUGCGCCUCGUCUCUGGCCCCUUCUGUUCCUUCUGUGCCCUCCUGGGACAGCAGCACCACAGCUUUGCUGUUGGGGUGGCAGAGCUGCCCUGUCUGCAUGGGAGACCGCCAUCGAGCUCCUUCCAGAAGAAUUAGGGUAACAAAGGAACUGAGCAACUCAUUCUGCAGGACAAUCUCCCUUUUCUCAAAUUCUGUUUGCAAAUUUGUUUUUUUCUUGCAAAACCUCAGAACACGACUGUGAUCUUUCCCUUUGUACCCCUCCUCUACCGUCCAUCUUCCCCGUUUCCCUUAAGCAACCACCCAAGCCUAGCCUGCACCCCACCCAGGCGAAGCCCUUAUACUUGGAAAGGCAAAAGAGUAACAGCCUUAACAUCCAUCUUAAAAUACGCUUGGUAGAGGAACACCCUCGAUGGCUCAGGAACAAGCAGGGUGAUAGGUGUGUAGGACAGUGAAGGAGGAGUCUGGGAACAGGAAAGAGGCUGGCCAGGCAGGGUGGGGAAUGUGCAGAGUCCCUGGGGCUGCUGACUGCUUCUAAAGGGAAGUAGGUCAGGGCAAAAUCGGGGAUGAGAAGAGCAGAUGCUGGGGUGGCUGGGGCGUAGGAAGAGGAGAAUCAGGAAACGCACGGAGUCAGAGACUCCAGGUGAAUCCCAGGCUGCUUGUGCGUCUCUGUGACCUUGGGCAGUUUCCCUUGCGCUGGGCUUUCUCAUUGUGAAGCAGAGGAAAUGACCCCUGCUCUACAGCUUUGUGUGGGGCUUGACUGGGCAGUGCCUUGCCUGAGGAUGCUUCACCAGCACUAGGUCCUCCUGCUGGGAAGCUGACCGGCUAGUCCAGCGGCAGUGUGGGAGAUGGCGUCGCUAUGGGAAUGGUGAGGACGGCCCAGCACAAGUGGCAUUCCCAAGGAGAGUGGAUGACCUUGAACUUGCAAACCUGAUAGGCAUGCUGGAGGGAGCUGGGUGAAGGCAGAUGGUUGGGGUAUUGUAGAGGGGUCAGGCAGAGCGCUGUGCUUGUGGGCCCUGGGUUCAGGUGGGGAGGCUGGGAACCAGGCACACAUGUAUUGAGUACCUGCUCUCUAAGGGACACUUGGAUGGACCCUGUGAAUAAGGAAAAAUAAAACAUGAUUUUACUCUCUAGGAAUGUAUGCAAUUGUGGUACAAAUGAGGGGGACACUUCAUAAUACCAUCUUUAAAAAAUCAAGUAAUGUAAAUAGGUGUAAAAUACAUGGAGUAUAAGAUAAUUGGUUUAAAAUUUAUAUAAGAAAUUAUUGAAGAGGAGAAAGACUAUCAGAAAUCUAGGAUGAGAUAAUGAUGAUAUCCAAGGAAUUUUAGACCUAAGAGAAACUCCUUUACCUCCUGGAGGGAGAGUUGUUCAGUUUCACCGUCAGAUUAAAGGACAGAAGCCACAUGGAGAGAAGCUGCUUACACCUUACACUGAAUCCCAUUGGUUGAUGGCACAGUGACUGCUGGCGUGGGCAAGGCCCCCAGCGCCAUGAUCACCCUUUGUGAGAAGGGGCAGUAAGCUCUGUUUUCCUUGCAGUCACGGGAUUGAACCAGGGGGCUUGACCACUGAGCCGCCUCCCCCAGCCCUUUCUAUUUUUAAUGUUGAGUCACGGCCUCUCUCAGUUGCAGAAACUGGCCUUGAUCUUACCAUCCACCUGCCUCAGCCUCCCGAGUCACUGGGAUUACAGACAUGUGCCAUCCCACCUGGCAGCAGGAACCUUUUAAAAAAUACUGUUCUUUGAUCAAAGUGAGGGCGUGACAUAAAUUGGUCGCUGGUGAACACUUUUCUGUAGGCUGCGUAUUUGCUGUGGUCCAUGGAGGGGAGCCCGUCCCUGAGGCGCAUGACGGUGAUGCGCGAGAAGGGCCGGCGCCAGGCGGUCCGCGGCCCGGCCUUCAUGUUCAACGACCGGGGCACCAGCCUCACGGCUGAGGAGGAGCGCUUCCUCGACGCCGCCGAGUACGGCAACAUCCCCGUGGUGCGCAAGAUGCUGGAGGAGUCCCGGACGCUGAACGUCAACUGCGUGGAUUACAUGGGCCAGAACGCGCUGCAGCUGGCCGUGGGCAACGAGCACCUGGAGGUGACCGAGCUGCUGCUCAAGAAGGAGAACCUGGCGCGCAUCGGCGACGCGCUGCUGCUGGCCAUCAGCAAGGGCUACGUGCGCAUCGUGGAGGCCAUCCUCAACCACCCCGGCUUCGCGGCCAGCGAGCGCCUGACCCUGAGCCCCUGCGAGCAGGAGCUGCAGGACGACGACUUCUACGCCUACGACGAGGACGGCACGCGCUUCUCGCCGGACAUCACCCCCAUCAUCCUGGCCGCGCACUGCCAGAAGUACGAGGUGGUGCACAUGCUGCUGCUGAAGGGCGCGCGCAUCGAGAGGCCGCACGACUACUUCUGCAAGUGCGGGGACUGCACCGAGAAGCAGCGGCACGACUCCUUCAGCCACUCGCGCUCGCGGAUCAACGCCUACAAGGGGCUGGCCAGCCCGGCCUACCUGUCCUUGUCCAGCGAGGACCCGGUGCUCACGGCCCUGGAGCUCAGCAACGAGCUGGCCAAGCUGGCCAACAUCGAGAAGGAGUUCAAGAACGACUAUAGGAAGCUCUCCAUGCAGUGCAAAGAUUUUGUGGUGGGCGUGCUGGACCUCUGCCGGGACUCGGAGGAGGUGGAGGCCAUUCUGAACGGAGACCUGGAGUCUGCGGAGCCCCCGGAGGUGCACAGGCACAGAGCGCUGAGCCGCGUCAAGCUCGCCAUCAAGUAUGAAGUCAAAAAGUUUGUGGCGCACCCCAACUGCCAGCAGCAGCUCCUGACCAUCUGGUACGAGAACCUCUCGGGCCUGCGGGAGCAGACGGUGGCUGUCAAGUGCCUGGUGGUGCUGGUCGUGGCCGUGGGCCUCCCGCUGCUCGCCAUCGGCUACUGGAUCGCCCCCUGCAGCCGGCUGGGGCGGGUUCUGCGGAGCCCUUUCAUGAAGUUUGUGGCACACGCGGCCUCCUUCAUCAUCUUCCUGGGCCUGCUGGUGUUCAACGCCUCCGACAGGUUUGAAGGCAUCGCCACACUGCCCAACAUCACGGUCACUGACUACCCCAAACAGAUCUUCAGGGUGAAGACCACUCAGUUCACGUGGACAGAGAUGCUGAUCAUGGUCUGGGUUCUAGGGAUGAUGUGGUUGGAGUGCAAGGAGCUGUGGCUGGAAGGGCCCAGGGAGUACAUCCUGCAGCUGUGGAACGUGCUGGACUUUGGAAUGCUCUCCAUCUUCAUCGCUGCCUUCACCGCCAGGUUCCUGGCCUUCCUUCAGGCAACAAAAGCCCAGCAGUACGUAGACAGCUAUGUCCAAGAGAGCGACCUCAGCGAAGUGACGCUGCCGCCCGAGAUACAGUACUUCACCUACGCUAGAGAUAAAUGGCUGCCUUCUGACCCGCAGAUCAUCUCCGAAGGCCUGUAUGCCAUCGCAGUUGUGCUCAGCUUCUCUCGCAUCGCCUACAUCCUCCCUGCCAACGAGAGCUUCGGCCCCUUGCAGAUCUCUCUUGGAAGGACGGUGAAGGACAUAUUCAAGUUCAUGGUCCUCUUUAUCAUGGUGUUUCUGGCCUUCAUGAUCGGCAUGUUCAUACUGUACUCUUACUACCUGGGGGCCAAAGUCAACGCUGCUUUCACCACUGUAGAAGAAAGUUUCAAGACUUUGUUUUGGUCGAUAUUUGGGUUGUCUGAAGUGACUUCUGUUGUGCUCAAAUACGACCACAAAUUCAUAGAGAAUAUUGGCUAUGUCCUUUACGGGAUAUACAAUGUAACUAUGGUGGUGGUUCUACUCAACAUGCUCAUUGCUAUGAUCAAUAGCUCCUAUCAAGAAAUUGAGGAUGACAGUGACGUAGAAUGGAAAUUUGCUCGUUCCAAACUUUGGCUCUCCUAUUUUGAUGAUGGGAAAACCUUGCCCCCACCCUUCAGCCUGGUUCCUAGUCCAAAAUCAUUUGUGUAUCUCAUCAUGCGGAUCAUCAACUUCUCCAAAUGUAGAAGGAGAAGGCUACAGAAGGAUCCAGAAAUGGGAAUGGGUAACUCAAAGUCCAGGUUAAACCUCUUCACUCAGUCUAACUCAAGAGUUUUUGAAUCACACAGUUUUAACAGCAUUCUCAACCAGCCAACUCGUUAUCAGCAGAUAAUGAAGAGACUGAUAAAGCGGUAUGUCCUGAAAGCGCAAGUGGACAAGGAGAACGAUGAGGUGAACGAAGGUGAAUUAAAAGAAAUCAAGCAAGACAUCUCUAGCCUUCGGUAUGAGCUUUUGGAGGACAAGAGCCAAGCGACCGAGGAGCUGGCCAUUCUGAUCCACAAACUCAGCGAGAAGCUGAGUCCCAGCGUGCUGAGGUGUGAAUGACGGCGGCUGGAGCCUUGGGGUGCACCGCAGCACAGACUUGGCAAUAACGCUUCUAAGUGUGAAAUACUUGAAAAACUGGUGUACAUUUUUAGUAGCAACUACCUUUAUCAUGUGACUCUUCAAAGGUUAGGGUUGAGGAUUUUGCUGUUUUAUCACAUGAAAACGCAUUUCAUUGUCUGCCUUGACAUUACAAACAACAAUAUAUCAUUGUAUUUAAAGGCCCAAUAUUACUACAUUACUGACAAUUUUGUUCAUUUUAGAGUAUACUCUGUUUUUGCACUGCCUGUUUGCCUCCAAGAGAUUGUAAACUCCUUGGAGACAGGACUAUGUCUUAUUCAUCUUUUGUCUCCAGCACCUAGUACAGUGCCUGGUACAUAGUAGGUGCUCAAUAAAUGUUGAAGCCAAGUGAACUGAACUGCCAAUAAAAUACAAAUAAAAAUUCAUCACUGUGUAGCAUACCUCCCCAUGUCCAACUGCUCAAGAGUUUGAAUUUUUUUAAAUAGAAAUGGAAGAAAUUUUACAAUCAGCUAUGACCAAGUGAGAACUAUGACCUAUUUUCUUAGAAUUUUAGGCAUUGUUGAUAAUCCUAGGACCGAUGAGCCCUGAGUGAGAAUUUAACAAUGAGGUUGGUUAAUAGAAGACACAUUACAGAUUUAAGUUUCAUCGGAUUGUCCCAAACAACACAUUAAAGAUUUUUCUAAAAUAGAUGACGUUUGCUUUC